AUGGAUAGUGAGGAUGAAGGAAGGAAAUGCCUAGUGCUUGAUCUGGAUGAGACUUUGGUUCAUAGUUCAUUCAAGAUCAUUCCGAAUCCUGAUUUCGUUGUACCAGUGGAGAUUGAAAAUCAGUACCACAAUGUCUACGUCCUCAAGAGACCCGGGGUGGAUGAAUUCAUGCGUAAAAUGGGUGAGCAAUACGAGGUGGUGGUCUUUACUGCGAGCUUGUCAAAGUAUGCAGAUCCUGUUUUGGACAUGUUGGAUAUACACAAGGUUGUAAAACAUCGGCUAUUCAGGGAGGCGUGUUGCAAUUACAAAGGAACCUAUGUCAAGGACCUUUCCCAGUUGGGGCGUGAUCUCUCUGGUGCCAUUAUCCUGGAUAAUUCACCUGCUAGUUACCUCUUCCACAAUGCCAAUGCUGUUCCUAUAUCCACAUGGUUUAACGAUCCUCACGACACCGAACUCAGCGACCUGGUAGACUUUUUACAAGAUCUCUCCAAAGUGGACGAUGUCACCAGCAUCCUCAACACCAAUUUGAACAAUGAGCUUUCCUUUCCCACCCGGUAA